UUAUGGAGAAAUUUUAUAAUUUGGUGGAUGGAUUAAAACCAAUGUUGGUAAUGGUGGUGGUUCAAAUUGCAUAUGCUGGGACUAAUGUGCUCUUUAAACUUGCAGCCAGUGAUGGAAUGAGUUUGAGAAUUAUUGUUGCUUACAGAUACAUUUUUGCUACUGCUUUUAUGCUUCCUCUUGCUCUCAUCUUUGAAAGAAAGAAUAGAGCAAAACUUACAUGGACAAUACUUUUUCAAGCAUUUCUUUGUGGCCUAUUCGGGGGAUCAUUAUCUCAAAAUAUGUACUUGGGAAGUCUGGUAUUAACAUCAGCAACAUUUGCUACUGCCAUGUUUAAUCUUGUACCAGCAUUCACAUUCAUCUUAGCCAUCUCAUUUCGGUUGGAGAAGGUGGGAAUAAGAAGCCUAGCAGGAAAGGCCAAAGUGAUGGGCACAUUACUUGGAAUAGGUGGAGCAAUGUUAUUAACCUUUUAUAAAGGAUCAGAAAUUAAUAUUUGGAAAACAAAUAUUAACCUAUUAAACCAUUAUCAAUCCCAUAAACUUCACUUGGCUACACCAAACCAUAAUCAUGCUUUAGGUGCUUUAUUAGCUGUGGCAAAUUCCUUCUCUUAUGCCUUUUGGUUAAUUAUUCAGGCUAAAAUGAGUGCAAAAUACCCAAAUCCUUAUUCAAGCACAGCUUUGAUGUGUUUGAUGGCUUCAGUUCAAGCAGUAGUUUAUGCCCUUUGCAUGGAGAAAGAUUGGAGCCAAUGGAGAUUAGGUUGGAAUAUAAGACUGCUCACCGCAGCUUAUGCGGGAGUAGUAGUUGCCGGAAUGAUGAUAUCACUGGUGAUAUGGUGUAUGCGGAUGAGGGGUCCUUUGUUUGUAUCAGUUUUUAACCCUUUAAUGCUCCUAUGCACCGCGGUUGCAGGCUCUAUCCUACUCGAUGAGCCUUUACAUCUCGGAAGCAUAUUAGGAGCGACUUUGAUUGUGUGCGGAUUAUACGCAGUUCUGUGGGGUAAAAAUGUAGAGAUAAAGAAAAUGUCUCAGCUUGUUCCAUGUACAGAUUCUAUAGAAGAUAAAACUGUUGAAGUUGUAGUUACUUCAACUCCAAGAAAUGACAAUGUGGAAGAGUAAUUUCAAUGUUGAAAAUUAAUUGUAAGACUUUAUUUAAUUGAUCAAUUCUGUAUUGACCAAGAAGUAUAGUCUUAUUAGGAAAAAUAUUUCCUAUUCAUUUGUAGCAGAUUUUGAUCCCUAUAAAUACCAUGUUAUGUGACCUUCUGGGUUUAAAGUUAAACAUA